CCGCUCUCAAAGCUCACCACCCAUUCAUCGCAGGUGUCAUUUAACUCCUGGUGGUCGUGAUUAGAUUCUCUCGCCGCCCCAAUUAACCUUCAACUAGGGUGCAGGCUCCUGUGAAUCUUCUUGUCUGUGGUUGACGCGUGAUGACUUGGUUGUUGUAAUCGACUGCCAUUGUUUCUCGUGUCUCAUGCGCGCCGCUUCGUCAAGAUGUACGUCAAACAGAUUAUUAUCCAGGGCUUCAAGAGCUACAAGGACCAAACAGUCAUUGAACCGUUCUCGCCGAAACACAAUGUGAUCGUGGGUCGCAACGGAUCCGGCAAGAGUAACUUCUUCGCCGCCAUCCGCUUCGUUCUCAGUGAUGCCUACACGCACCUGGGUAGAGAAGAGCGCCAGGCGCUUCUUCAUGAAGGAUCGGGGUCCGCGGUGAUGUCGGCGUACGUGGAAAUCAUCUUCGACAACUCGGACGACCGAUUUCCCACCGGCAAGCCUGAGGUGGUCCUUCGUCGCACGAUCGGCCUGAAGAAAGACGAAUACACCCUCGACCGUAAGAACGCCACCAAAUCCGAUGUGAUGAACCUGCUCGAGUCGGCCGGUUUCUCCCGGUCCAACCCGUACUACAUCGUGCCCCAGGGUCGCGUGACGGCCUUGACCAACAUGAAGGACUCCGAGCGCCUCAAUCUGCUCAAGGAAGUCGCCGGAACCCAGGUCUACGAGGCCCGCCGGGCGGAGUCGCUGAAGAUCAUGCACGAGACAAACAACAAGCGCGCCAAGAUCGACGAGCUUCUGGAUUUCAUCAACGAGCGUCUGGCGGAACUGGAGGAGGAGAAGGACGAGCUAAGGAAUUAUCAGGAGAAGGACAAGGAACGCCGAUGCUUGGAAUACACCAUCUACUCUCGUGAGCAGCAGGAGAUUGCCAGUUUCCUCGACAGCUUGGAGGAGCAAAGGCAGACGGGCGUUGAGGACACUGAUAUGAACCGCGAUCGCUUCAUCCAGGGAGAGAAGGAAAUGGCGCAGAUUGACUCGGAGAUCGCCGAGUGCAAACAGCAGAUCGAAUUCCUAAAGGUUGACAAGGCUCAAUUGGAAGACGAGCGUCGCGAGGCUUCUAAAGCUCUGGCGCAGGUUGAGUUGCAGGCCAAGUCUCUGUCCGACAACCAGGCUGCCGCUCUGGCGCUCAAGGCACGUCACGAUGAAGAUCUCAAGACCGUGCAGGAGGCGAUCCAGGAGCGUGAGGCAGAAUUGCAGGAGCUUCUACCCCAGUUCAACGCUGCCAAGGAUCAGGAGGAGGCUGUCAAGGCCAAGCUUACCGAAGCAGAGACGGCACGCCAACGGCUGUAUGCUAAGCAAGGUCGCAACUCCCGUUUCCGCAACAAGGGUGAGCGCGACAAGUGGCUCCAGACAGAGAUCAAAGAGAAUUAUGCUUCCAUUUCCUCAGUCCAGGACGUCAUGGCGCAGACCCAGGAGGAUAUCAAGGAGCUUGAGAAUGAGAUUGCGCUUCUCGAGCCGGAGACUGAGCGCUUGCGCAAGAUGAUUGAUGGCAGAGGAGACACUAUGCAGUCCGUGGAACAGCUGGUUCAAUCCGCCAAGGAUGAGAGGGACCGCUUGAUGGACCAGCGAAAGGAGCUUUGGAGAGAAGAAGCCAAGCUGGACUCGAUUCUGUCGAACGCCUCGAACGAAGUGGAGCGCGCGGAACGCAAUCUAUCUCAGAUGAUGGACCACAACACAAGCCGCGGUAUUGCGGCCGUCAGACGAAUCAAGCGCCAGUACAAUCUUGAGGGAGUAUACGGUACCCUGGCGGAACUCUUCGAAGUCAGUGAUCGGUAUCGGACCUCCGUCGAAGUUACAGCGGGUCAAAGUCUCUUCCACCAUGUUGUCGAUACCGACGAGACUGCCACGAAAGUCUUGGAAAUCCUCCAGCAGGAGAAGGCUGGGCGAGUCACAUUCAUGCCUUUGAACAGGCUACGAACCAGACCCAUCAAGAUGCCCAGAGCAAGCGACACGAUCCCCAUGAUUGAGAAACUCCAGUUUGAUGCGAAAUACGAGAAAGCUUUCAACCACGUCUUUGGCAAGACCAUCAUCUGCCCGAACCUGCAGGUGGCUUCACAGUAUGCCCGCAGCCACGGAGUCAAUGCGAUUACGCCGGAGGGGGAUCGUUCUGACAAGAGAGGUGCCCUUACUGGUGGUUUCCACGAUUCGCGGCAGUCAAGACUCGAUGCCGUGAAGAACUUGACAAAGUGGAGAGAUGAGUAUGAGAACAAGAAGAGCCGCGGGACCGAGAUCCGAAAAGAAUUGGAGCAUCUGGACCAGCUCAUCACGAAAUCCGUAGGCGAACUGCAGAAAUUGGAACAACAAAGACACCAGGUGCAGAACAGCAGCGGGCCGAUGCGACAAGAGCUGAAGGCCAAGCGCGAUCUUCUCCAGAAGAAGACCGACAACCUGGAAGCCAAACGCCGGGCUAUCCGCAACAUUGAGAACAACCUGGCUGCUUUGUCUGAUCAAGUCAGUGCUUUCGAGGCAGAACUGAAAUCACCGUUCCAGAAGGCGCUCAGUAACGAGGAAGAAGCACGCUUAGAGACCCUCAACAACACUGCGCAAGAGUUGCGACGUCAAUACCAAGAGCUGUCCAGUCAGCGUAGUGAGCUCGAGGCUCGUAAGUCGGUUCUUGAGGUGGAAUUGCGGGAGAACCUAAACCCGCGGUUGGACCAGCUCAUAGGCCAGGAUAUGGAUAUGGCCGACGACGAUGGCCAAGGCAACCUGAAGGAGACACAGCGGGAGAUGAAGCGCCUGCACAAGGCCCUGGAGAAGCUUGCUCAACGCCUGCAGCAGGUGGAUGACUCGAUCGACCAGGCUACUGCUCGUGUUUCCGAGCUCGAGCAGCGGAACGCCGAGACCCGCCGUGAACUCGAAGAACUGGCCAAGUCCAUCGAGAAACACCAGCGUCGCAUGGAGAAGAGCAUGCAGAAGAAGGCGGCUUUGACAAAACAGGCGGCUGAAUGUGCUGCCAACAUCCGCGACCUGGGUGUGCUACCGGAUGAAGCGUUCAGCAAGUACAAGAACACGGAUUCGAACACGGUGGUCAAGAAACUGCACAAGGUCAACGAAAGCCUCAAGAAGUACUCUCACGUCAACAAGAAGGCCUUUGAGCAGUACAACAGCUUCACCAAGCAGCGUGAGACGCUGACGAGCCGAAGAGAGGAGCUCGAGGCAUCCGAAAAGUCCAUCGACGAUCUGAUCACCGUCCUCGACCAGCGCAAGGAUGAGGCCAUCGAGCGUACCUUCAAGCAGGUUUCGCGCGAGUUUCACAAUGUCUUCGAGAAGCUCGUCCCGGCUGGCCGUGGGCGCCUGAUCAUCCAGCGCAAGACGGACCGCGCUCUCCGCCAGCCCGAUGACCUGGAGUCCGAGGACGAGGAGAACCGCGAAAGCGUGGAAAACUACGUUGGCGUUGGCAUCAGCGUCAGCUUCAACAGCAAGCACGAUGACCAGCAACGGAUCCAGCAGCUCAGUGGUGGACAGAAGAGUUUGUGUGCUCUCGCCCUGGUCUUCGCGAUCCAGGCCUGUGAUCCGGCCCCCUUCUAUCUCUUCGACGAGAUCGACGCCAACCUCGACGCCCAGUACCGGACGGCCGUCGCGCAGAUGCUCAAGUCCAUCUCGGACUCCACCAACGGCCAGUUCAUCUGCACGACCUUCCGCCCGGAGAUGUUGCACGUGGCCGAGAAGUGCUACGGCGUCAGCUUCCGGCAAAAGGCCAGUACGAUCGACGUGGUGUCGCGGGAAGAGGCGUUGAAGUUUGUGGAAGAGCAAAAGACAUGAUCAGUAGGGUGGGGUAAUGGUUUCCGGAAUGGGUUUGUUUUCAAGGGAGCAGGCGCAUUUGAGGGGUUUUUCUUAUUGUGGCAGUGGCAGUGACACUAUUUACAUAGUUUGAUGUAGAGGGAGC